AUGAGCCCCCCCAUUAACUGUGCCACUAGGAAGAGGGUAGCCAUCAUUGGCAGUGGUUGCUCCGGUAUUGCGGCUCUUUGGGCCCUGAACAGGACCUACCAUGAUGUCUAUCUCUACGAAGCUGCAGACCGCUUGGGUGGGCACACAAACACUGCGCAAUGGAAGGCUGGCCGAUAUACGGCGGCCGUCGACACAGGCUUCAUUGUCUUGAACACUGCCACGUAUCCCAAUUUUCUGGGGUUUCUGGAAAAGUUGGGAGUCGAAACCGAGCCUGCCAAGAUGAAAUUCUCUGUGUCCCGGGACAGAGGCGUAAUGGAAUGGGUUUGCGGGACUACUCUUGGAUCAGUCUUUUGCCAAAGAAGGAACAUAUUCUCUCCAAGGAUGUGGCGAAUGUUAUUUGAUAUCAUCCGUUUCAACCAGUUUGCCUUGGAUUUGCUUCUAGAAGAAGAUGCACGCUUUGGGAGGCAUAGAAAUGGUUCCGCCAAGUAUGCCGGCUCGACUGAGAACAUUGGCGAUUAUCUCGAUCGCGAGGGUUAUUCCGAGGCCUUCAGGGACGACUAUCUACUUCCACUCAUCGGAGCCCUCUGGAGCACAAAUCCGGCAAAAUCUCCUUUGGACUUCCCCGCGAAAUCGCUGGUGCGCUUCUUAUGGAACCAUGACCUCUUAACAAGUAUUGCAGAACGGCCUCAGUGGCGCAUCCUCAAAGAAGGAUCGCAGUCAUACGUCGAUGCCGUCAUGCGGGGCUUCCCCCCGAAUCAUCUUUUCCUCAAGACGGCUGUGAGACACCUUGCCAAUGAUGAUGAUGGCCGAGUGCGGUUACACCUGGAAAAUGGCAAAACAGAAGUAUUCGACCAUGUCAUCCUCGCAACCCAUGGUGAUCAAUCGCUUUCUAUAAUCAACCCCUCUGCAACUGAGCAGGAGCGUUCUAUUCUUUCGUGUUUCCAGACUCUACAGGUUGAAGCUGUCCUACACUCGGACCCGACUCUGAUGCCCCGAAGACAGAAGGCCUGGUCCAGCCUAAACUACCUUACGCUUUCCUCACCAAACCCCAGGCGUAAACUGGGGAUAAGCAAAUUAUCCCUGACAUAUGACAUGAAUCUUUUGCACCACAUCCCCAAGACCACCUUUGGUGAUGUGUUUUUGACUCUAAACCCCCUUCACCAACCGCGCCGGGACUUGACACGGGGUCGUUACUACUACAGUAGUCCGCAAUACACUGCAGCUUCCAUACGCGCACAGAGCCUGCUGGGGACAAUUCAGAAUAAGCGCAACAUCACUUACGCUGGCGCAUGGACUGGGUAUGGCACACACGAGGAUGGGUUCAGCAGUGGGCUAUGGGUCGCACAGGAAUAUCUUGGUGCCAAACUUCCUCUCGAGUUCAAGAACCCUACAGAUAUCAAAGAGAGGAGGCCGAAGCUGGGACUUUUUGAUCAUCUGCUGAGGUUCUUCAUCCUACUCAUUCAGGUAUUUGUUGUUCAGAUUUUGGAGAGGCUUGUUGGAUCAAGAAGGCCCAUUUCAAAGCCAGUGAACGGCUUUGCAAACUCAGGAAAGCUCAAUGGGAAAGCCGCGUAA